GUAUAAUGACGCAAUCGGACCCUACCAUCAGGAAAAAUGGUGGACGCCGCAACUAAGAAAACUCUAAGUAACAUUCCUCUUCUCAAGACGAAAGCCGGGCCUCGAGACCGGGACCUUUGGGUCCAGAGGCUUAAGGAAGAGUACCAAGCCCUUAUUAAGUAUGUAGAAAACAACAAGAAGGAAGACAAUGACUGGUUCCGACUGGAGUCCAACAAAGAAGGAACAAGGUGGUUUGGAAAAUGCUGGCACUACCAGGACCUGAUGAAAUAUGAGUUUGAGAUUGAGUUUGAUAUCCCGAUCACCUUCCCAACAACUGCACCAGAAAUAGCUAUCCCUGAACUGGAGGGGAAAACUGCUAAGAUGUACAGGGGAGGAAAGAUCUGUCUGACAGACCAUUUCAAACCUCUGUGGGGCAGGAACGUUCCGAAGUUUGGUAUAGCACACGCCAUGGCAUUAGGGCUUGGACCCUGGCUAGCAGUGGAGAUUCCUGACCUGAUCUCCAAGGGACUCGUGCAACAUAAAGACGAUCAACAACAGAAGUAGACAUCAUCAGAACUUUAGUUCAAGACACGCAGUGAUAGAUAAAUUAUGAUAUCAUGUCUAUCUGUUAGCCUCCUUCUUACUUAUUGAAUUUCCGCCUCAUCUGUUGUUUUAUUCUAAUGAAAGUUCAUUUGGACAUUAUAAGAGAUUUUUAUAUACUCUAAUUCUGUACACAAAGUUAAAUGAUAAUUAUCAACAAGCUUUCAAUCAUGUAGUCCUCAUAUCUUCCUCAAGUCAAAAUGACCCUCCGUCUGUAUGUCACAUGACCUGAACAGAAGUCAACUUUUCUGGAAUCCAUGCAUGUUAACAAUUGCAUUUCCUCAAUGUAUAAAUGCAUAAAUGCUUAUGAUGCAUAGUACUUUGUACUGCAUAAUCACCAAUAAAGAGAUGAAACGAUUUGAA